AUGCAGGAGUCUAAGGUUGGUGAAACUUGUGAUUGGGAUAGCAAGGUAGAAAAUCAGAUGGACAAGCCUGAGGGAAAAAGAAUGAAGGAAGACAAAAGUGGCAUCAGGGAAAAGAUUGGCAAAGCCAGGAAUACAGCAAAUAUAAAGACAGAACAGGAAGAUGAGGCAUCUGAGAAAAGCUUACAUCUGAGCUCAAAAUAUGUUAUACACCAGACCGUCCCUAUAGAACAGAAAAACAGUGAACAAGUCAAAUGUGUGGAGAGCAUUAAUGGAAACUCUCAUCCCAGUCUACAACAAAAAGCCAGUGCUGUUAAGAAAUCACAUAAAUGUGAUGACUGUGGAAAAUCCUUCAAAUACAAUUCCCGACUUGUUCAACAUAAAAUUAUGCACACUGGUGAAAAACGCUAUGAGUGCGAUGACUGUGGAGGGACUUUCCGGAGCAGCUCAAGCCUUCGAGUCCACAAGAGGAUCCAUACUGGGGAGAAGCCGUACAAGUGUGAGGAAUGUGGGAAAGCCUACAUGUCCUAUUCCAGCCUUAUAAACCACAAAAGCACCCAUUCUGGGGAAAAGAACUGUAAGUGUGAUGAGUGUGGAAAAUCCUUCAAUUAUAGCUCAGUUUUGGAUCAGCAUAAGAGAAUUCACACUGGGGAGAAGCCCUAUGAGUGUGGUGAGUGUGGGAAGGCCUUCAGGAACAGCUCUGGCCUCAGAGUCCACAAAAGGAUCCACACAGGUGAGAAGCCCUAUGAAUGUGACAUCUGUGGGAAAACCUUCAGUAAUAGCUCUGGCCUUAGAGUCCACAAAAGGAUUCAUACAGGGGAGAAACCCUAUGAAUGUGAUGAGUGUGGGAAGGCCUUCAUUACCUGCAGAACACUUCUAAAUCAUAAAAGCAUCCACUUUGGAGAUAAACCCUAUAAAUGUGAUGAGUGUGAAAAAUCAUUUAAUUAUAGCUCUCUCCUCAUUCAGCAUAAAGUUAUCCACACUGGAGAGAAACCUUAUGAAUGUGAUGAAUGUGGGAAGGCUUUCAGGAACAGUUCAGGCCUUAUUGUGCAUAAAAGGAUCCACACAGGAGAGAAACCUUACAAAUGUGAUGUCUGUGGCAAAGCAUUCAGCUAUAGCUCAGGCCUGGCAGUCCAUAAAAGCAUUCACCCUGGGAAGAAAGCCCAUGAAUGUAAGGAGUGUGGAAAAUCAUUCAGCUAUAACUCACUUCUUCUUCAGCAUAGAACAAUUCACACUGGAGAGAGACCUUAUGUAUGUGAUGUCUGUGGAAAAACUUUCAGAAACAAUUCAGGACUCAAAGUCCACAGGCGACUCCAUACUGGGGAAAAACCUUAUAAGUGUGAUGUGUGUGGAAAAGCCUAUAUCUCACGCUCUAGCCUUAAAAACCACAAAGGAAUCCAUCUUGGGGAGAAGCCCUAUAAAUGUAGUUAUUGUGAAAAAUCCUUCAAUUACAGCUCUGCCCUUGAACAACAUAAAAGGAUUCAUACAAGGGAGAAACCCUUUGGGUGUGAUGAGUGUGGAAAAGCCUUCAGGAAUAAUUCAGGCCUUAAAGUCCAUAAACGAAUCCACACUGGGGAGAGACCUUACAAAUGUGAAGAAUGUGGGAAGGCCUACAUCUCACUUUCAAGCCUUAUAAAUCAUAAAAGUGUACACCCUGGGGAAAAGCCCUAUAAGUGUGAUGAGUGUGAGAAAGCCUUUAUCACAUACCGAACCCUUAUAAAUCACAAAAAAAUUCAUCUUGGGGAGAAGCCCUACAAAUGCGAUGUGUGUGAGAAAUCUUUUAACUACACCUCACUUCUUUCUCAACACAGAAGGGUCCACACUAGAGAGAAACCCUAUGAAUGUGACAGGUGUGAAAAAGUCUUCAGAAACAACUCAAGCCUUAAAGUGCAUAAAAGAAUUCAUACUGGUGAGAAGCCCUAUAAAUGUGAUGUGUGUGGAAAAGCCUACAUCUCACACUCAAGCCUUAUUAACCAUAAAAGUACCCACCCUGGCAAGACCCCCUACACAUGUGAUGAAUGUGGAAAAGCUUUUUUCUCAAACAGAACUCUUAUAAGCCAUAAAAGAGUCCAUCUUGGGGAGAAACCCUUCAAAUGUGUUGAAUGUGGGAAGUCUUUCAGUUAUAGCUCACUCCUUUCCCAACACAAGAGGAUUCAUACGGGGGAAAAACCCUAUGUGUGUGAUGGCUGUGGGAAGGCAUUCAGGAACAGCUCAGGCCUCACAGUGCAUAAAAGGAUACACACAGGUGAGAAACCCUAUGGAUGUGAUGAGUGUGGGAAGGCAUACAUCUCACACUCGAGUCUUAUCAACCAUAAAAGUGUCCAUGGUGGGCAGCAGCCCUAUAAUUGUGAGUGUGGGAAAUCCUUCAAUUAUAGAUCAGUCCUUGACCAACACAAAAGGAUCCACACUGGAAAGAAGCUAUACCAAUGUAACGAGUGUGAGAAGGCUUUCAAUAUCAGAUCAAAUCUCACCAAGCAUAAAAGAAUCCAUACUGGAGAGGAAUAUUUAAAUGUGACAAAUAUGGGAAGUCAUAGUGGCACAUCACAGAAGAGAACUCAUGAGGGAGGGAAUGCUCUGGAUGGGACCAGGAUGAGCAUGUCUCUGUAG